AUCCACUUUAUCAUCUUUUGUCUCGGGCUGAUCCACUUAGUUCCCAACCAUAAUCUCCAUCCGCUUAAAGGCGACGACCUUUCUCUCCAAUUUCUCAAGUCUCUGUAUAACGUCGCCGUCGUCAUCCACUACGGUGAUCAGAAUUAUCUGAAGAUCAACAAAAUGUUGCAGUACAGCUGGCUGCUCCCUUUUGCAGUGAUCAUAAUGGCGAAUGCGAUGGUGCCACUGCCAUGCGCGGAAGGAGUUCGAAGAAACGUCCAAAUGAAAACGAUCAUAAAAACCCAAACUUUUCUGUCCCCAUUAUUCACUUUAACGCCCGGUUCAGUGGCGGAGAAAUUCUACUACCACAUCAACUUCCCCAAAUCCCACAUCGCCAUAAAGAGUUUCGAUCAUGUCGAAAUUGUAGACGAAUCAGGCAAUCCCCAGCCACUCUCCGAAGCAUAUCUUCACCACUGGGCCGCCGUGAGGUACUACCAACGCAAAGACGCAGCAGACCCAGAUCCCAAUACUUCAUUCACUCAACUUCAGGAGCCAGAUUUCAUGAUUGCAGGCAACAAUGGGGUCUGCCAAAAACAGAGCUUGCCGCAGUUCUAUGGCAUGGGGUCUGAAUCAAGAGAAACGUCGACGUUUCUUCCACACCCAUAUGGGAUAGAAGUUGGGGAUGCUUCACAGGUUCCUGCAGGGUAUGAAGAGAGGUGGUGCCUGAAUGUGCAUGUUAUAGAUACUCGAGGGGCAGAGAACAAAUUGGGGUGUAUGGAGUGCUGGUGUGAUUUGUAUAAUGUUACUGCAGAUCAAUUUGGAGUGCCUUUGGGGCCACAUUACAGAGGAGGAUUGAGGUGUUGUUAUGAUGGAGCACAGUGUAGAGUAAGUGGAAGUGGUUAUGGAAGAAAUUUGUUUGUGAGAUAUACUGUGAAGUGGGUGGAUUGGGAUGAUUUCGUGGUUCCUGUGGAGGUUUAUAUAUUUGAUGUCACUGAUACUUGGAACCCAUUCACAGAUGAUUCUGAUCAAGAUCCUCAACAUCACUGUCUUGUGGAAUAUGACGUGGUUGCUAAUUGCAAUAAUAAUCCGACAAACAAGGGUUAUGAUGAGUGCAAUGCCACAAAAAGGACAAGGCUAAUGCUUCCAAGUGGUGGGUAUGUGAUCUAUGGGGUGGCUCAUCAGCACAUUGGAGGAAUUGGUGCAACCCUUUAUGGAGAGGAUGGAAGGGUGUUAUGUUCUUCUUCACCAAUUUAUGGAGAAGGAAAUGAAGCUGGGUAUUUAGUUGGAAUGUCGACUUGUUAUCCGCAGCCAGGCUCUGUAAAGAUAAAUAAUGGAGAAAUGAUGACGGUUGAAUCUAAAUAUGAUCCCACGCAGAAUCAUACAGGUGUUAUGGCUCUGUUCCAUGUUAUGGUCGCACAAAAAUUGCCAAAAUCAUUGCUUAAAAUGGAAGCAUUAUCCAAGGUUCCUGAUGACACCAAUAUCUAAUCUCACGCGCAGGUGGGAGCGCCAAGGGCAUUAAUUACCUUGCAAGCUAAGCUAGGAAGGGAAAGCCCUAAAGCCAUUGUCAAAGUUCUUUCAAGCUUGGGCUGUAAUCUUCUGCUUAUUUUUCCUCCCUAAGCUCUUUCUUCUUAAAUGACAUGCCUUUCGUUAGGUGAUUUGUUCACCUACUUUCUACUCUCUCAAGUUUGAGUUUCCAACUAAGUCCAGUAAAUGUUUGUUUAACUAUUCUUGUGUUUAUUGCAAAAUCUUAUUAGUUAGGGUGUUUUCCCUCAUACUUUGAUUCAUGUAUAUGCUACUUGGAGCGAUGUGAAAGUUAAAUAUAACACUACAAGAAAUAAAGUCUUUCGGUGACGCACCAAA